GGCAGCGUGGGACAAGGCCCAGGCAGUGGCUGUAGCCACACUUCCUUCCCACGAAGAUUUCUGGUGGCUCCCCAAUUCGGCCCAGCACCGCGUCACCAUGUUCCGGGGGAGACGCAGGAGCCGGGUGGGCGCCCUGGAGGAGGCGCCUCCGGAGAACCCAAAGGCAGCUGCUGAACCCGAGCGGGUUUUGCUGCGUGGCAUCUUCGAGAUCCGGAGGGAAAGCUGCGAUGUGGCGUUGGGCGAGCGGGCCCUGCGGUGGCGACGCAUCCAGCCCGAGCUCCCGGCUGGUGGCACCAGGCAUGAUCUGCUGAGCAAAGAAGAGUCCCUAGAACUUGAAGACAUCUUCUCAGUGAAGCUGAAGCGGCGUUGCUGGGCCAAGCAUCCAGGCAGAGACACACUGCUGGGCAUAACGCUUUUCAUCUGCUUGAAGGAGCAACGGAACAAACUAAAGGACUCCACGCUGGAUCUUAUUAACUUCAGUGAAGACCACUGUGACAUAUGGUUUAGACAGUUCAAGAAAAUCUUGGAUGGUUUCACAAGCAGGCCCAAGGCUCUCAAGAUCCUCCUCAACCCCCAGAGUCACAGAAAGGAGUCUGUCCACGUCUAUUACGAGAAGGUGGAGCCUCUGCUGAAGCUUGCGGGCAUAGAGACUGAUGUGACAAUAACAGAAUAUGAAGGGCAUGCCCUGUCUCUGCUUGACGAAUGUGAACUCCGAGGAUUUGAUGGUGUUGUCUGUGUUGGUGGAGAUGGAUCUGCGAGUGAGGCCGCCCGCGCUUUGCUCCUCAGAGCUCAGAAGAACGCGGGAGUGGAGAUGGACUGCAUCCCGACUCUCGUUGGAGCAGAGCUUCCUCUUGGCUUCAUUCCAGCAGGAUCUACUAACGCACUGGCACAUUCUCUCUUUGGAACUCCUCACGUGGUGACUGCAACCAUGCAUAUUAUACUAGGUCACAUACGGUCAGUGGAUGUCUGCACCUUUAGCUCUGCUGGCAAGCUUCUUUGCUUUGGGUUCUCAGCCAUGUUUGGCUUUGGUGGAAGGACCUUGGCUCUGGCAGAGAAAUACCGAUGGAUGUCCCCCAGUCAGCGAAGAGACUUUGCUAUAAUCAAAGCACUGGCCAAACUUAAGCCAGAGGACUGCAAAAUAUCAUUUUUACUAGCAGGUUGUUCUCAGAAUAAACAAGAAAGAAAAUCACAGAGAUCUGCAGAAUCUGACUGUGGUGGUCACUGGCAAACCAUCCAGGGGCAGUUCUUGAACAUCAGCAUCAUGGCAAUGCCCUGUCCAUGUUCAAUGGCACCCAGAGGCUUUACACCUGACACCAGAUUACAUAAUGGAAGCAUGGCUCUUAGGGUUGUCCGGAACACCACUCGAUCAGAAUUUGUAAAGCACCUGAAAAGACACUCCAGUGUAAAGAAUCAGUUCAAUUUUCCCUUUGUGGAGACUUAUAUCAUUGAAGAAGUAAAAAUUCACCCAAAGAGUAAUAGCAAUGGAUACAGCCCACAGGAGGAGGGUGGAAACCAUACAACUGCUUCAGAACACGGGUUUCCGUGGAAUGUAGAUGGUGACUUAAUGGAAGCUGCAUCAGAGGUUCACAUUAGGCUGCACCCAAGACUGAUCAGGCUCUAUGGAGGAAGCCUGGAAGAAAUGAAUGAUUGCAAAGUAGCAUGUGAUUGCAUAUGAAAGAAGUAUGUAAGCAGAAAUUUAUUAUGAAGGAAUCUGGCAUGCAAGAUAUAUACAAAUAGAAAAUGCAUUUUUGUUGUGGAU